CUCUUUGUUUACAUUUUCCAGGUGAAGGAUGGGAGCUGAGAGGAAGCGGAGGCGUGCAACAACUCUUCUUUUUUGUCUCUAUCUUUGCCUAGGUGUACUGACAGGAGGUGUAUCUCAGUACAUAGCAUGCAGUGAUGUAAAGGACGCCCCUGAUUAUAAUGCAGCUUUGUGUGGACGCGGCCAAGUGUCCAAAAGACGUCGAUAUUAAGGUUGAUGUGUCAGUGAUCAUUCCAGUGCACAAUGGGGCUGCAUGGUUGGGUGUAUGUCUUGCCUCAGUGGAGCAGCAGCAGCUUCAACAUAACGGUGCCAUGCUUAUGGUGGAGGUGUCUCUCUUCCUGGACUCCUGCACUGAUGCUUCAGAGUCCAUAGUGCAGCAGUGGAUCCCAGCACUGCAGAGGAAAAGAUGCUGUGUCACCUUGACCACAGAACACAACAGUAGCCCCAAAGGAGUGGGAUAUGCCAAGAACAGGGCUGUGGAGCAGAGUCGAGGAGAGUUCUUGUGUUUUCUUGAUGCAGAUGAUAUCAUGAUGCCCACAAGAAUACAGAAGCAAUAUGAACUUGCCUGCAAAGCUUCUAAUGCUAUUGUGGGUUGCCGCUUUGUGCGAGAUCCCCCGGAAUCCACUGUGCGAUUCACGCGCUGGGCAAACACUCUCACUCCAGAACAGCUGCAGCUUCAGGUGUUCAUGUCACACGGCCCCACUGUCAUCAUGCCCACCUGGUUCUGUCACCGCACGGUUUUUGACCGAGUUGGUGGCUUCAGUGAGGAAGGAGCAGGAACCCCAGAGGAUCUCAUAUUCUUCUUCCACCACCUGAGGCUUGGAGGGAAAGUCUUGCGGCAUGAUGAAGAGCUCCUGGUGUACCGAUACCACCCCCAGGCUACCACAUUCUCUAUAGACGAGCAAACCAUUUGGGACCUGCGAAUAAAGGAGCUUGAGGCGCGAGUGCUGUGUUGCUGGGAGGCCUUCACCAUAUGGAAUGCAGGGAAGCAGGGACGCAAGUUUUACAGAUCACUGAACAGGGAGACCCAGAGAAAGGUUGUGGCAUUCUGUGAUGUGGAUGCCAAGAAGGUCAACUCAUUCUACACUUAUGAAGAAUCACCAGAAAGACCCAAGCCCAAGGUUCCCAUUGUUCACUUCACUGAGGCUCGCCCUCCUUUAGUGAUCUGCAUGAAGCUGGAGCUGACAGGAGGCAAGUUUGAAGAGAACUUGGCAUCUCUGCGGCUUGAGGAAGGAAAGGAUUACCAUCUCUUUAACUGAGCUGCCACACUACUAUAGUAACAAGUGCCUUUGUAUUACAGAAUUCAUUUAACAUUUCACCACAUGCUAGGUGGCUCCCAAGAAUGGUGUCCCUUUCAUGGUGAGUGAAAGGUAAAGAAAUAAAAAAUAUACCUCAUAGAA